UUCCCUCUCUGCCCCCCAACCCCCUUUUUGGCGGCUGGGCUGCCGGCGGUGCUCGGCCCCUGGCAGGGGGCAGGUCGCCGUGCCGGGGGGGGGGCGAGGGGCCGCCCCGCUCGGCUCGGAGCAGGGGCGUUUGUUUGAACAGCUCCAGAGCAAAGAGCAGGGGAAGAAAGUUUGGGCUGGGAGCGUGGUUUUUUUCCCCAGACGUCAGCACAAGGCGGAACAGGGGCUGGGGAGGGAGCCGGACUCACAGGGCAGCCGUGAUUUUUUUUAUACCUUUUUUUUAAAAAAAAUAAUAAUUAUAUUUUUUAUCUUUUUGGGGAUUUUUUUUUGGCGGGGAGUGGGGAAGGGGAAGGGGGCCGGGAGCAUCCCGGCACCUCGGGGUGGGCUGGGGGUGGGAACCAUGGACUCGGCGCCAGCCUUCGCCAUGGACAAGCCGUUCGCCCCCAGCGCCGUGAGAGGCCCGGAGCCGCCCGAAAAUCCUCAAAGCCGGAAAAACUUCAGCGUGAGCCACCUCCUCGACCUGGAGGAGGUAGCAGCGGGGAUGAACGGGACCCCCCCGGCCGGCCCCCCGCCCGCCGGUGGCGGCAAGGCCAUGCCGGAGCCGUCGGGAGGCAGCAGCGGCAGCGAGGCAGCGCCCCAGGACGGUGAGAGCCUGAGCCCAAGCCGUGGGGCGGCCAAGAGGAAGAAGAAGCAGAGGAGGAAUCGUACCACCUUCAACAGCAGCCAGCUGCAGGCUCUGGAGAGGGUCUUCGAGAGGACACACUACCCUGACGCCUUUGUGCGGGAGGAGCUGGCGAGAAGGGUGAACCUCAGCGAGGCGAGAGUCCAGGUCUGGUUUCAGAACCGGAGGGCCAAGUUUCGCCGUAAUGAGAGGGCGAUGCUGGCCAACAGAUCGGCGUCACUCCUCAAAUCCUACAGCCAAGAAGCAGCCAUUGAGCAGCCCAUGGCACCAAGGCCCACUGCCCUGACCCCAGAGUAUCUCUCCUGGACCAGCACCUCCCCGUACAGCACUGUGCCCUCCUACAGCUCCAGCGGGACCGCGACACCCACCCAAGGGGUGAACAUGGCCAACAGCAUCGCCAGCCUGCGCCUCAAAGCCAAAGAGUUCAGUCUCCAUCAGAACCAGGUGCCGACCGUGAACUGAGCAGGGCAAAGCCCACCCCAUGGCCUCAUCCAGGAUCCAGCGUGGGGCUUGUUUGCCAGUCCAGGACGAAUCCACCACCCGCCCAACCCACGUGCCACUCAUCCAGCGUCUCAGCACCUCUCCUCUCCUCUUCCCUUUUGAAGGUAGAGUCAGUCCCAGGCCGAAGUGGCACAUAAUUAUAACCACAUAUGGAGCAAACUUGGUUAGAAACUUGCUUUUCCGCACACCCUUAUAAUAAAGGCUAUAUAUACACACACAUACCCCCCACGCGCUCUUCGAGGACAAACAGACUUGCCAAGGGAACGAGAAUUUGCUUCCAAACAUGGAAGGAUCUUGGACUAUUGGAUUUGACCAAUUUGGGUAUCUCGCCCAGAGAGCCAAAGAGUUAUUGGGUCUUCUCCUCCCGCAGGGACAGCAUGCAGCGGUGGGAGGAUCACAAGCCCCCCUUUCCGCUGGGCUGUGACUUGUGGCACUCAAAAAUGCAUGCCAAAGCCGACCCGCGUGUUCUCGUCUUUGUGCAUCCCCAGCCGCGGUGCUUGGGAGAGACUUUGUGAAGCCGACAGCUCUCCCCUACCGCAGCGGGUCCCGACAAGCUCCUGCAUCACGCUGCCUGCGGUUCAGAGCUGCCUAUGCCAAUGGCAUCAGGCUUUAUCCCUACCCAGAGGGGCAAGGAGGGCUGGAGCGUCUCAACAGACUCGCUCGGAGCCUGCGAGCUGCGGGAAGCGUUGCGGGUCGCCAAGCCGGCACCACUGCCCUGCCUCAGGGGGUUUGCCAGCGAUUCUGCAGAGCUCCAGGUCAUGUAAGCAUCCCAGGGAAAAGAGAAAAUUGGAAAAAGCUGUUGGGUUUGAGCUGAGUAGGCGGCUCCCAGCACUUCGUGCCAACGGCAAAGCAGGCUUCGCCUUCCGGAGGCACAGCCUCCCCACCGGCAGCUCGCAGAUGUGCGCGGGGGUCUGGGGCUGGCAACUCCAUAGGGGUGGGCUUUUUUGGUUUUGCAGAAAGGAAAUGGUUCCCCCCCUCGACUCACCCUGCCAUGCAGCCUAAUGAGGUUGCAAGGUGGGAUGCACAGGGGGACGGACACAGGGUAGGCAGCCUCGCCUCGGGCUUAUGCCACCCCAGUCCUUCCCCUCUGGGACUGAGCCGCAGGCAGACGCACCUUCCCCUGCCCAUACUGCAGCGAUGGGGGACGAGCCAGAGAGAUAGAGGUUUUACCCUGUGGACAAAGCCCUCUGGAAACCAGACCACUCUUUCUUCACUCACUGCAAAGAGCCACAGGCCAAGCGUGGGGACAUCACCAGCUCAAACGGGUGGCCUGGACAGAGGAGGCACCAGUCCUACUUGCCCAGAAGGGCUGAGUCCCGCUGGGGAUGGCAACAGUAGAUCCAAGGAUGAAUACAUCAAGUGCUAAGGUGCUUCCUCCAGAUAAACACCCUGCAGUGUGCAACACCAAGGCUGAAAGCGUCCCAGCUACGCCAUCCUUUCGUUUUCCCAUGAGGGCUCUCGCUGCAGCCACACAUGGUACCCAGCAGCUGCAACACCAGAACCCUCAAAUUCACCAUGGGCAGCUGGACACCUGAUGAGAGAAUCAGGAGAGGAGCACAGCUCCUCUGGCUGGGGGCAAAUCGGUCCCUCCAUCCUGCCCCGGCUUUCUCUGUUCCACUUGACACAGCCCCUGGGUCAGGAAGAGUCACCAGCUCCUCCUCAAACCUGAGCAACACUGCCAACCCCAUCCAGGGAGCAAAGUCAUCCUAAAUACUCACCAUGUGCCCCCCAGCCCCAUUUCCAGGGCUGGCAUCCCCGUGUUUGCUACCCCAACAGCAGUGAGACACUGCGCAGAGACACAACAAAAGCUGAGAUGUGCCAGGCUGGGGGGGAGAUGGACCCUCUGCGGAUCACAUCAUCCACCAUGAGAAACGCCGCUUGGGGCAGGAGAAGGGGGCCAGGGGGGUCCUAUUCCCAUGGAAAGCACAGGGCUCUUUUUUCAGUUAUACAAGAUGAAACCACAGGGAUAUAAAUGUCGCUGCCUCUUUGAGAGCAUUAAUGAAAAUAAACCCAUUUAAUAGUUUGCAGAUGCCAUUUCUGUAAACCUAAAAAAAGCAGGGAAUAAAUAUUUCUUCACUAAAUAUCUAUAUGUAUAUAUAUAUUUGAAAACAUUCACUCCUAAUCUUUGGGCCCCUCCUUCGCCGUGCUCUUGGCAGCUUAUCACGGCUUGUCAGUCAACGCCAAAGCCUCACCGAGACGAGAUACAAAUUGCACCCAUGGAGGGGUAGCAGGACGGAGGGAUUAUUGUAAUCUAAACUCCCUCCUGCCCUUUCUAUUUGUACAUUUCCAUUACUUGUAACAAGAUCCACAGUGGAUUUUUUUUUUUUCUUCUGCAUGUCUGUGUUUUGGAAAUUUUUGUAAGGUUUUUGUAAAAACAACUCUUGUGAAAUAAUGGAGGAAUAAAUAUUUUACUGAGUA